AUGCUUGGAAAGAAGAUAUCCCACCCAAAAUCAACCAAGUUCGACGCUGACGACGCCGACGACUUCGCCUCGCCACCUGCAAAACGGCUGAAACGGGACAUCUCCAACUUCGUGCGAAGGAGUCCCAAGAAGACGGCUCGAAGAGAUGUGAUUCCAGACUCAGAGGAAGAUAGUGAGAGUGAGAGCCUCGAAGUUGAGGCGCGAAACCAUCAAACCGAUCUCGAAACUGCUCUGCCUCCCAUUGAGACGGACAAGGAAGCCAUCGAAGCAUACGAAGCAUCUCGUGCCGCCGAGCAGGCCGAGAACGGGUUGAAUGAGCGUCUCGGAGAGCGGAAAUGGGUCAAAGGGAAGAGCUCGAUAUAUGUGGAUGCCUUUAAUCUGGCAUUGGAGACGGUUCUCGAGGAUGAAAGUCACCUGUUCGACGAGGCCGAGCACGUUGUCUUCCAGCAAUGGCGGGAUCUCAGUUACGAAGCACAAUACCUAUAUGUGAGGCUGUUCCUGAGAAAGACCUCGAGCUGGCAUCGUAUCAACCGACUGGGCUAUCACAGUGAUAUCGCAGAUUUACAGAAUGCGGUCGAUGACUUACAGGCGGUGAAAGAGUUGCCACUGCAUCCAUCGCAACCUCAGGAUAAUCCUGGCGAGCUAGAACCACCAGAAGGAACAACGUUAGGUAAGAGCUUCUCCUUUGCAGAUCGCUCGCAAGAUUGCAUCAAGACACUCGAGGAAGCGUCUUCACUCCUUCUACUUGAUGAGUUAAAGGCUCUUGCGAAAGAUGCCAAAGUACAGGGGAAGAACAAGAAAGAUUUGCUUCGAGCUUUUAGGAAAUCUAGUGGCCAACAAACAGCACKUUCAGGAUUCGUGGGCUUGAAACGUUCAAACACAGAAGAAACCACAGCAUCUUACGAAUCGGGCCCGGCCGACGACUCCAGUAGAGAUGUCACACCAGUAGGACGGGAGAACCGAGAUGCACACUUUGUAGAGAAGAUCCUGGCAGAGACAGGCCCUUGCAUCCGUCUCUCCCUGACGACUCUCAAACUCUUCGAGCGCGUUCACCUCGUGUUCUAUCAUUCCACCGAGUGGACUGAAAAGUCCCUGACAACCAUCAUCCUCGCUCGGAUCGCCCGCCGCAACUUUCCGGAAUAUAUCGUCUCCCGGUCGGCGAACAUCUUCCCAUCGCRCUCUCUCCUUCUCGAAUUUGAAGCUGCUGUGCGAACGCAGUUCAGAGUUGACAAUCUUCUUGAGUUCAACGGCCCGACGACGAAGGACGAUUUGCAAACAAUCCUUGACAUUUUSGAUGAAGUCCAUCCCCGAUGGCUCGUCCUUCUCGCAGACGAACAAAGAAAGGAAGACAGCAUUUAUAGCACCGGUGAAGGUGCCUAUCUCCGCCGCCUCUCUCCCGCUUGGGUUUACACUCGCAUCGUUCACAAAGCUGCAUACGUUCUGGGGAAACUCAAAGAUCAUGCGCGCGAACAUGCGGUACUCUCUGAACUGCUCGAUCAACGACUGUUCCACACCUCCCGGAGAGGCGACUGGUAUCAACGAAAAGCGUUACUUGAGGAGCACUAUAUGCACCUCCACUUGCCCUCGCCGGCUACAUGCAAGGAUAUUGACGCGAAGAAGAAGCACUUUAAGCGUGUUGCGCUUGAGACUUGUGAGCAGGGACUACAAGACCAGCUGACACACAUGAUCUUCCACCGAGACUUACAAAAGCGAACUACAAAGAUCGAAAAGUCUCUGAAGAUAGCGAAGCGGUUACAACACGAUUUCGAACAUGUACGCCUGACGAAAGCUGUGGAGAGGACUUUCAGCGGGACUCAGAUCGUACGUGCUGUCUCGGCGAGAAGAAAUAGCGAGCAGGGUCGGAGGAGCACGAAGACGAUAUGGCUAGAUCCUGCACCUGUCGUUCGCAAAGGCGAAGAAGACCAGGACGGGAGCGAUGUCAAGCAGGAGGUGGCCUCGAACGUGGAGCAGGUUCAACCCGAAUGCUCCGUUGAGGAAAUGUGUCUCUCCUCCUACCGCGCCCUAGGCUGGAAAGGCUACCACUGCGAGUCUGGGAUCAUCCGCACACUGUUUGCUUACCUCUUCUAUGACGUCUUGUUUCUCUACAUUCCAAACGUCUUUCAAACUGCAUAUCAGACGUGCCCGCUGGACCUACACACGGAUGCCUUCUACCCUUCUAGGAUCAGCGAAGUGAACGCACGACUCAACGAAAUUGCAAACGGAGAAGCGGGAUCUAUCAUCAGGCGAAUAUGGGAGGAACAUAGCGAGAGGAAGACUUGUGUAGUGGGGUUGGACUGGGCGUUUGAGUUGAGCGAUUUGCUGGAAAUUGCGGAGUGCUUUGAGGGACAGGCUUUGGGGACUGUGAUGAAGACUCUAGCGCAGGAGUAUGGACAACGAGGCGGCGGUGUACCAGAUCUAUUUCUUUGGAGGGAGUUUACGAAUGACGAAGAACGGAAAGGGAAGGGGGAGGUCAUGUUUAGUGAGGUGAAGAGUGAGAAUGAUCGGCUGAGUGAUACGCAGAGGAUGUGGAUUGAUGUCCUCAGUGGUGCUGGGGUUCGGGUAGAGUUGUGUCGGGCUGUGGCUGGAGAAGUGAGGGAGAGAGAUUGA